AUGGGAAAACGGGAGAAAAAGACCGGGAAAGGGCGACUCGACAAGUAUUACAGACUUGCCAAGGAACAAGGCUAUCGCGCUCGGUCGGCAUUCAAGUUAAUUCAACUCAACAAACGUUACCAGUUCUUGGAAUCCGCCAGAUGCUGUAUCGAUCUAUGUGCUGCCCCCGGUGGUUGGCUUCAAGUAGCUGCAAAAUGGAUGCCCGCCAAUAGUUUGAUCCUCGGGGUCGAUCUGGUUCCUAUCAAGCCUAUUCCGAAAGUCGUCACGGCCACCGAAGAUAUUCGAACUCAAAGUUGUAGGAUGUGGCUUCGUAGUGAAUUAAAGGAUUGGAAAGCUGAUGUUGUUCUCCACGAUGGAGCUCCUAAUGUCGGAACGGCUUGGGUUCAGGACGCAUUCAGCCAGUCGGAAUUAGUCCUCCACUCCUUGAAGUUAGCAACAGAAAUGUUGGCACAGAAUGGGACGUUCAUAACCAAAGUGUUUCGUUCGAAAGAUUAUAAUUCAUUGCUGUAUAUCUUCAACCAACUAUUCAAGAAAGUGGAGGCUACCAAACCACCUUCAUCUCGAAAUGUUUCUGCCGAAAUCUUCGUCGUCUGCCAGGGGUACUUGGCUCCCAAGAAAAUCGAUCCUCGACUCCUAGAUCCUGCUCAUGUUUUCAAGGAUGUCGAUCUAACCAAAAAGCCUACCGAUGAUCAAGCUGAAGCGAGUAGCAGUAAACUUACUCCCAAUGCUCAGAACGUCUUCAAGCCCGAGAAGAAACGUCGGACAAGAGAAGGUUAUGACGAGGGAGACUACACCUUGCACAAAUCUUCGACAGCCUCUGCCUUGAUCAAUGCAAAAGAUCCUGUCAGUAUCCUCGGUGUUGCCAAUUGCAUCAAGUUUGACAAUUCUCAACAAGAUCAGGCGAUAUACAAACUGAAGGCAACAACUGCUGAGAUUAAGACCACUUUGACCGAUCUGAAAGUCUUGGGCAAAGGUGAUUUCAAGAAAAUCCUAAAAUGGCGUACCGCCGUUCGAGAAUUACUAGGAAUCGAUAGUAAGCCAGUCAACCAGGCGCCGUCGGAAGCUCCCGUGGAGGUUGAACCUCUGGAUGAAGAGCAAAUCAUGAAGGAAGAGCUUGCACGCAUCCAAACCGAAAAGGCGUUGGAAAACAAGCGCGAGCGACGAAGACUCAACGAGAAAAGGACUCGUGAUGUACAACGCAUGCAACUUCAAAUGACCACGCCCAUGGACAUCGGAAUAGAAAACACGGAUGGUGAAGUCUUUGGUCUUCAGAACGUUGAUUCACAAGAUUUGAGCUCGGAUGAUGACAUGGAAGAUAUCGACGGAGCAGAGGGUUCCGAGUCACCGCUGGACACUGACCCAGAAGAGGAUGAAGACGAAGAGGAACUUUCGGAGGAUGAAGCGAAACUGCAGACUCUCGAGGAAGGCCUAGACCUCGCAUACGACGAAUAUCAAGAAAACCAAUUGCGCAAAGAUGCCAAAAGAAAAGCACGAGAAGAGGCGCGCCGGUCGAGGCAUAACGAGGACCAAGAGUCAGAAUGGGCCGGCUGCAAUGACCAAGAUGAUCAAGUUGAUGAAGAAGACGAUGAAAUUGGAAGCGGUGAUGACAUCGAAGUUGUUCGACAGAAACGAGCUAAACUUCAGAAAGGACGUCAGGAGAACGAUGAUGACAGUGAUAGCGAAGGCGAAGACGUCACCCUUCAAGCUGCACGAAUUGUGGCCUCUAGGAAGACACAAAGAUCUACAAUAAAGCCUUUGCCCGCGAAGAAGCCCAAACUAUUGGUAGAUUUUGAAGAGGAAACCGACAACACCGUCGAGGCCCAAGCAUCUGCCGCAGAUUUGUGGUUUGAUCAGCCAGUCUUCAAAGCCGUGGGAGGCGUCGAUGGUCUAAUUCCAGACGAUUCGGAGGGAUCGGACGACGGCCAAGAUGAAUCCCGAGCGAACGAUGAAAGUAUCUGCUUUGACGACGACGAGGACAGGAACUACCUCGAAGCACCAGGAACAGAAGACAGUGACAGUGAGAUGGAGGCUGAUGAUCCGACUGGUGGAGUUUGGGACGAUGAAUUACCGGAUCCCGAUGAAAAGAAUGCGGAAAUUAUUCGAGAAAAAGGACUGCUCACUCCGCAGGCCAUUCAGCUAGCCCUUGACUUGGUUAACCGCAAGAAAACCAAAGAUCAGCUGGUCGACUCGGGGUUCAAGCGAGAUGCAUUUUUUGACGAUAAAAAUGAACUACCCACUUGGUUUUUGGAUGAUGAGAUGAGACACUUUAGGGAGCACGUGCCGGUGACGAAGGAAGCAGUCAAGAUUCUGAGGGAUAAGAUGAGAGCACUAAACGCGAGACCAAUCAAGAAGAUAGCGGAAGCCAAAGGACGUAAGAAAUUACGGACUCUACGCCGACUUGAGAAAGCUCAGAGCAAGGCGAAUACGGUCAACGAAACUAACGACUUGACGGAGAAAGAAAAGUCGCUGGAAAUCGAAAAACUUAUGAGUCGGAUGCACAAAAGUCCUAAGACUAAGAGUGACAUCAAGAUCGUAGUGGCUAAAGGUGCGAAUAGAGGUCAGAAAGGCAGACCUAGAGGUGUCAAGGGGCGAUAUAAGAUGGUCGACGCUAGAGGAAGGAAAGAAUUAAGAGCACAGAAGAGGCAAGAACGAGCUUCUUCAAAGAGAAAACGAAAGUGA